GGGGAAGAGAGAAAAAAGAGAACUGUUUGCAAAGAAGAAAAACAGAAAAAGAAAAGACAGACAGACAAUACACACAGGAGACAGAGCGAGAGAGGUAGAAGAUAUAUAGAGAGAGGGAGGCCACACCAACGAAACCGAAAAGGGGAAAUUUUCCUCUUCUCAAGCUUUGCUUCAUCUUCGUCAACGUCUCCUUCUUCUUUCUCGUUCUUUUCUGAUUCAAGGAAGGACUCAAGAACAGCUCAACAAACCCUAAGUAGAGAGAAGGGAGAGAGAGAGAGAGAGAGGAGGGGAAAGUGAUUUCGAUUGAGUAGAUUAUCGCUUUUCUGGCUUUCCUUCCUUUCCUUUCUCGAUUCCGUUUUUUGUUGAGAUCUUGAUUCCUUCAAUCUCAUCCCUCCCUCCAAAGGGUACAAGUUGUGCUUCAAUGGCUAAUUCCAAAGGUUCAACAAACAUUAGAAACUUGAUGUACACUGGAAAGCAAUCCCUACUUCCUCCAAAAAUCCCCUUUCCUGGUAUGGCCCCAACAUAUGUUGAAUAUAUCCCAAGCAAUGUGGUUGGGUCAAAAGCUGUACAAAAGCCCAGAGAAGGAAGUACAUUCCACCAGCGUACAUCUUCUGAGACUUUCCUAAUAGAGGACCAACCUUCCUGGCUCGAUGAUCUUCUGAACGAGCCUGAGACACCAGUUCGUAGAGGAGGUCAUAGGCGUUCGUCAAGUGACUCAUUUGCUUAUGUAGAUGUAACGAAUAAUUCUAACGUAGAUUAUGUAGCAUAUGAUGACUACCGGUAUAAAAAUAUGACAUCAGUACCUUUUUGGGGAUCUCAAGAAUUUGAUUAUCUAAAAGAUGCCCGUCAAGGUUCUUUCUAUGUUGAAGGGAACAUGUCAAAACAGAAGAAUAUGGGGCGUGAUUUAUAUAUGAAUCCUGCAAGCCGUUCAAGUGGGGUUUCUUCUGUGAGGGAGAAUGUUGCUUCACAGAAUUCCGGAUCAUCAUGUGCUCGACAGGAACCAGAUGGGUCUUCGGCAGGUGAGAAGCAAGAGAUUGUUGAAUCUGGUCCUCAUGAUUCAAAACCUUCCUCUGAGAGAAAGGAUGGACCUCAUGCUAAGCCUUCUGCUUCAGAGGGCGACACAAAACGUGCUAAACAGCAAUAUGCACAGCGUUCUCGGGUCAGGAAGCUUCAGUAUAUAGCUGAGCUGGAAAGAAAUGUGCAGGCAUUACAGGCAAAAAUCCUGUAUCUACAGGCAGAAGGAUCCGAUGUCUCUGCAGAGCUUGAAUUUCUCAACCAGCAAAAUCUUAUUUUGAGCAUGGAGAAUAAAGCUCUUAAGCAGCGGCUGGAAAGCAUAGCCCAGGAGCAGCUUAUUAAACACUUGGAGCAAGAAGUUUUGGAGAGGGAGAUUGGAAGGCUCCGGGCCUUGUAUCAACAACAGCAAAUGCCGCCACCGAUUCAACAGCGACAGCCAUCUUCUAGUCACCAUCGCCGCACUAACAGCAGGGACCUUGAAUCCCAAUUCGGAAACCUGUCCUUGAAACACAAGGACUCUGGUUCUGGAAGGGAUUCAAUAACUGGUCCAGUCCGCAUUUAGAUGUACUAUUUGUAGUAGUGAAUUGAAAUGAUGGGUUGCUGCUGCUAUCUUGCUCCAGAAGAGAGUGAUGGGGAUCAUGAGCCUUCCUUCACCAUCAAUGACCGUGAUUUGCUCAUCUUGCAUUUGUCUGCCCUUCUCUCGCGUUUCUCCAUUAGCUAAGAAAGAAAACUAACUGUUUAUGAUGCUUCAUCAUGUGCACCUGGUGGUCAUUGCUCCGGACAUUGUAUUUUUAUGAGGCCAAUGACUCACCGGAGGUGGCGACGGAAAAGAAAGAAGAAGUGACCAUGUUGUCUGUGGUCCUCGUUUGUAUUUUAAGGAAAAAGAAAAGAAAAGAGUAAGUAGCUGUAAUUCGAAGGGAGAACUUGUUUGGCUUCUCAGAAUUCUGAUUUGGAGUAUAUCUUAUCCUUUUUCCAGUAAAUCCACAAUAUAAGCUGUGGAAGGAUGGAAGGAAGUCCAAUGUAGUUGAAGAAGCAGUGUUUUAGGGAGGGAAUAUGUUUCUUAUCUAAACUCUGUUUCUAUGUCUAGAGAUGUAAUUUGUCCCGGAAAGAAGUGCUCCGGUUGAGAUUUGUGGCCUUGUGCUUCUUCCUAUUAGAUUCACGUCUUUCCCUCUUGACUUCAGCCUGUGUUGAGAAGUGGAUUUAUUAUGUUUACUAUUCAAGUGCUCGAGAAAUGGUUGUUUGUGAUGGUUUUCUGCAUAUAAUUGUUUGGUUAUCUCUAAAGGGCGUACUAUUUG